UACAAUUUUAAUACAACCCAUCUUCUUCACCUAGCUACGUCCUCAAGUAUUAAUGGUCGAGUGAAAAUAUACCGCAUAACCCGACGUAUCAUCUUAACAGAAUCCGAAAAGGAUUGUCACUAUCCCGAUCACUCAAAGCUAGGAACACAUCCACCUCGGACAAGUCCAUAGAGCCGUCCUAUAAACCCGAAUCCCAAAAACGAAUGUAGAUCAAGCCGACCCUUAUGCAUGAGAAUGGGUCAUAGAAGCACUACGCAUAGGACUAAUCGUAAUCACAUCAAGGAACUUGACAGAACUCCGCACCGUACCGAUUGCAUUGCGCUGACACUAUCUAAUACAGAUUGAAGCUCAUAAUAUAUCUCAUCAUAGUCUACCUCAGCGUUACGAGAUCAUGGGAAAUUCAUAACAGAGGGGCAGCAACAUUGCAAUAACCAUUCGAACUUCUCAACCAUUGAAAGGGACAUUCAAACCCCAUUUCGUCACCUAAAUUAUUUGGCACCGCGCCAACCGGAAGACCCAUCGUAGUAAUCCGGAGAUGCACCGUGGACAUGUUGGCUGUGUUAUGUCACAAUCGGCAAAGCGUAACCCGAAUAGGACUUCUUACAUAGUAGUGUGUCUCGCAAUGCCCUUAGGUCUUAUUUACUUAUGUACCCUGUGUCCUUCGAGAACAUGGCUAUCUGUGCUUUACUUCCAGCUCGCUCACCUAGAUUGCUAACCCACAAUGUCCCCCUCAUCCAGCAAGCCCACUAUUCUAUUAAUCCAGGGCGCGUUCCAACUUCCAGAGGUAUAUCGGAAGCUGACCGAUGCCCUUGGAGAGAAAGGGUAUCCUACCGUCCAUCCGCCACUUCCAAGUAUAACCGACGAUGGCGACCGCCCCCUCGGUUCAAAAGACUUGAACGAUGAUACGCUUAAGAUUCAACAAGAACUCAAGCGCCUCGUGGAGGUCGAAAGCCGAACCGUUAUCGUUCUGAUGCAUUCAUACGGCGGACUAGUGGGCAGUUCAGGUAUACCGGAGGAAUUCAGCUGGUCGAAGCGUAAGGAGGCAGGACUUGGCCCCGGAGGCGUUUUGCACCUAUUCUACUUCUCAGCUUUUGUCCUACCGCAAAACGCAUCGGUGUUGAGUGUCAUCGGGGAGGGAGACGGCGGCGAAAUUAGACCCGGCAACCGGUUCCGAGUCAAGAAUGCUGCUGAAGGACUCUACAGCGACCUCUCGAGGGACGAAGCCGAGUACUGGGCCUCGAAGAUUGUCGAUCAGUCUUACGCUGUGCAGGAGACGAAGAUGGCACUUGCUGCUUAUGAGUACAUCCCAUCCACAUAUCUGAUCUGUACGAAUGAUAAAGCACUACCGCCGGAGAUUCAGGAGGUAUGUGCUAAGACAGCUGGCGCGAAGGUACUCAAGAUCGACUCGGGACAUUCUCCUAUGCUUGAUAGAACUGAACAACUAGUGGGAAUAAUCACGACGACGGUGGACCAGGCGGUAGACCAAGCAGUUUGAAGGUAUUCUCACGCUUGGUAAGGUUCAUUCUAGUUUAUCAGUCAGUAAUGGAACAUGAAGUAGGGCGAUCAAUUUCGGCCCAUAAGCCGGCAGAUCUAAUAAAGCCCAAUCACCAUUAAUAAGUUGAAGAGGCUAAAGACGAAUCUCAAAUCAUGACAUGAUUCGUGCCAAAUAUCGCUGAUAUAAGUUUGAAUUGGGAGCAUCCAACUCCAACCGUCGGUGGGGGCCACAAAAAUCGCCGAGGUCACGAACUAGGUCGAUUCAAGUGCCUAAGACAGUAAGUAGGUUCCUCCAACAUAAUUCAUCUCACUAGAUUGGGGUGUAGAAGGCAAAGAGGCCCAAUCCAUCGUAUUAAUUCGUAUGAGGUAAGGCGAGUGUCUUAUAAACUUCUUCUAGUUCGCGCCGGCCUCUUCCGGACUGUAAGGACAUGGCCAUCAUAUUAGCGCCAGAGGAACACCAUUUUCCUUGGAACUGUUGCCUCUUGGGCGGUUCGUCGCCUACAAAACCACUCGCAACCUAUGGGUACCCAUCUAGUAGGAUCAAAUACCGUUAGAAAGUUUUCAGGCUCGGCAACAGCAAAAGACGAUUACACGAAGAUAAUAGACAGACAGCGUGAACUAUCGUCCUCGUUGAUCCAAAUAAUGAUCGCACGGGCCUCAAAAUAGAUACCCCGCAAUAGGGGAAUCUGCAGCGCC